CGUCAUCGACCGAGCCCACCCACUCCGACCGACCCCACAGCGAGCCCAGAAGAGGCGCAGCACAACACACUCCUCCGGCACCGAGCCACCCGCCCCGCCCCGCGCCCGACCCGAAACCCCAGCCGAUCGGCGGCGGCCGGCCGGCGGAGAUGUCGCUGACGGAGGUCAGGAUCGGCGAGGAGGUGUGGCUCACCUGCCUCUCCCACGCGCUCACCACGGAGACCGAGGAGGUCAUGGGCCUCCUCCUCGGCGACGUCGUGCCCUCCAGCAGGGGCGGCUCCACGGCGGUCAUAUGGGGCGCGUCGCCGCAGAUGAGGUGCGAGCGGAAGAAGGACCGCGUCGAGGUCAACCCCGAGCUGCUCGCCGCCGCGUCGGCGCAGGCCGAGGUAAUGACGACCACCAUCGGGAAGACGACCCGGGUGAUCGGCUGGUACCACUCGCACCCGCAUAUCACUGUCCUGCCUUCCCACGUAGAUGUGCGUACCCAGGCUAUGUUUCAGUUGCUAGAUCCAGGCUUUGUUGGGCUGAUAUUUUCCUGUUUUAGUGAAGAUGCUCAAAAGGUUGGGAAAAUCCAAGUGAUUGCCUUCCAGUCACUUGAUGGGACACAGAACACACAGCGUGCUAUUGUUCCUGUUAUUACCAAUCCAGUCAUUAACCCUGAACCAUCUUGGGGUUCAUCCGAUAACUCAUUAGCAUUGAUUGAGGGCAUUGAACAGGACACUGGAGAUUCUAGAGCUUCAAACGGAAGCAAGGUCUGGGGAAGGUCUCAGGAUAUGGAUCUGUAUUCUCCUUUGGACACAAAUCAUUCGGCAAGACUACCAAUAGAAAACGCUAUUGUUCCUUUCGAACCUGAUAACAGUGCUGGACCCUCUGUUGAUCAAGAUGGUUCAGAUCUGUCCCCAAGCAUACAGGAGGCUUUGCACCGGUCAACCAUGGACAUAAGUGGUGCAGAGUAUAAAAGGAAGGAGGUGCCACUUAAAGUAUUCCCUACAAGGCAUCUGCUAAAGCUGGACACUACGUUGAGUUCUUACUGUGAUAUGCAACGUGUCCUGUUUGAAGAGGAACAAUCAGCAUAUAACCAAGCUAUGCUUCAGAAUAUUUGUGAUGGGAAGAUGCACCCACUUACAUCUAUGCACCAUACCUCCACAUACAAUGCUUCUCUAUGCAAACUGAUGGAAUACUGCUUGACCCCAGCCAUAACUGUGCUUGAGGACCGUGUGAAAGAAAACGAACUUCGGUUAGCUAUGCUAGUGGAGGAGGCUAAACAACUGGAGGCCGAGCAGAGCACGAAAACUGGCUCUCCUCGCCGUGCGAUGCCCGGAGGGACUACCAGUGGCAUCACUUCGCCAAGGGGCCAGGACAAGUACCCUUCCGGCAGACAAGGGGGCCCUAUAAGCCCUAGCAGCAGCGGCCGGAGGAAGGCUCCUUGAAUCCGACCUUGCUCGCCAUUCUGUGAUGAUGGAUAGUCCGAUUCUCGGCCCUGCCUGAUGCUUUCUGGAACCCCAAACCUGUCCCUUCGCGCGAGGGGUGAAGUCGCAAUGCAAAUGUACAUACCCAUCUCCUUUCAGCGCCUGGCCCGCCGUCCUUCUGUGGAAGUAACCAACCAACAGUGGUUCCCUUUUGCUUUGUGUUGUCCUUGCGCCAAAUCCUUUUGCCUGGUUGCGCUGAGCUUGUAAUGUGUACUCACUGGCGCGACGAGUCUCGGGCAGUGGUUGCGCUGAGCUUGUAAUGUGUACUCACUGGCGCGACGAGUCUCGGGCAGGCUUUCUAGUUGGAAAAAACUCUUGUACCAAUCCUGUUGUCGAAAUGUUCAGGGAAGCCUCGCUUGCCUA